GAACGCUGUGUUUGCACGCGCGCAACAGCGCUGCCAUUCUUCGGCGAGAGAGAAAGGGAGUGAAUGCGCGCGCGCGCCCGCGCUGCAGUGGGCGAGAGCCGAGCGCCCCUUCGCCCCGCAACUCCGGCGGCGCGCGCACCAGCGUCCGCGCCUGCGCCCGCACUGGUUCGGAGGAGCUCAAACUCUGGCUGCCCAAAGUGGCGCGCCGAGUUUACUGCGAGUCCGGGCCGCGUCUGAGGAGCGGCGACGCAACUUUCCCACCGGCAUCGAUUAGUGUCGUUCGGUCGCGCCGGCGUGUUCCGGCUAAGUCCUUCGCCCCGAACCUGUUGGACGCGAUGGACCGCAGGUCCAUGGGCACGUGCUACGCGUUGGCCACCCUCCUGGCGCUCACCGGUAGCCCAGCAGCCGCCUGGAGGAACUACGGCACGCCCGGUACAGCUAACGAGAUUACUGUGAUCAAAAACCAGACGGGCAAGCUCUACUGCAACGUCACACUGCCGACAGGUGGCGGCGUCGGCGACGAGAACCCAACGCAGAUACGGUGGUACAAGGGCGCCGAACUCAUCUACAUGCUCACAUCGGAGGGCCGUAAUGUGCCGAUUAGACAAAUGACGCACCGGCCGAGUGCCUCCUGGCGGGACAGGCUACAAGUACGCACCACGAGGCUACCCAUUUGGCUCAGCAUCGACCCGGUAAUGCUGCAUGAUCAGGGAUACUACCAGUGCCUCGUCUACUACGGCACCGACGUCAAGAGGAACGUCAGUCACUUCCUACGCGUCAUAGAACCUCCCGAGAAUGUGGUAAUCAUAUUUGGAACUAGGCCCCGCGAAAUUCGCCUUUCUGCAAACCAAAAAGUGAGGCAAAACGAAGGUGAAGAUUUGUACCUAGAGUGCCACGUCAUCGGAGGUAAGCCAGAGCCCCGCAUUCGUUGGCUGGAAAGCGACCGGAAAGGCAGCAUGUCAUAUGGAAGCGAGAGGGUGCUGAAGGUGCCACGAGUUCCACGACGCUUGGAUAACACCAGCUACACCUGUGAGGCCUCCAAUAACAACAUUACCGAGCCGCUUCGGACAUCGGUGACUGUUCUGUUGAACCUGAAACCCGUGAACGUGAGCAUCCGCAAUAAGGACACGCCGCUUAAGGCCGGAGUGCUGGCUCGCGUGGAGUGCGAGUCCUACGGCUCUCGACCGGCGCCUCAGUUCUCUUGGUGGCUGGACGGCAAAGAGCUCGUGAACAACUCAAGAAGUGUCGAGAACGACCUCUCCGUACUAUACUUCGAACCAACCGUACAGAACAACGGCCAGAAGCUCACGUGCAUUUCUAGGAAUCCACUCAUAAGAGACAGCGACUGCGUGGACAUUUGGACGCUUGAUGUUCACUUCAAGCCACAGAUAACGCUGCUCUUCAAGGGUGUACGAGUACAGUUUGCGAACAUCACGAGAGGAGCGACUGUUUCCUUGGAGUGUCGGACAUCUGGAAACCCUCGCACCGGGAACAUCACAUGGCUUGUCAACAAACAACGGCUUCCCCGAAAGUCGUCGCCAAAGAAAGGUGUUUUCUUCCGGGACUCGACAGUAAUCGACAUCGUGAACGCUAACCGAAACCACAGUGGCAGCUACUCCUGUUCAGGGUUCAAUGCUGUUGGAAGCACAACCAGCAACGAGGUGUACCUACGAGUACUGUAUGAGCCCGAGUGCAUGGACGUCGUGGACAGCUAUCUGACUGCCGCGCUGGACGAAACGGUGCGCGUUCCGUGCCGGGUGGCCGCGGACCCACCCCACGUGUCCUACUCGUGGUCCUUCCGAAGCAGCCUGGACGAGAUGGCCACGAGAAACCUGACCACCCCUAGAAACGGCAGCGGUGGCCUGUUCUUCUACCAGCCCAAGGUCGCAGCCGACUUCGGCACCGUCUACUGCUGGGCACAGAACGACAUCGGCCCCAUGGCCAAGCCUUGCAUCUUCCACGUGGUGCUCAAAGAAUCUGAGGACACUAUGACAUCAUACGUUCUUCUUGCAGUCAUCAUAACAUUUUUGUUCGUUCUUAUUCUUGUGCCCGUUGUGGUCGUCAUCGUCGUGCAAACCAGAGAGCGAGACGUCAGAAAAAAAGGUCAGAAUUCGUCGCUCCCGGUGGUGACACCGAAGGAUCACACUCUGCCAAAGUCCAUGUACGGCGACCAUAGUGUAUGAACUCCGGUGCGCAUGAGCGCGCACGCAUGUUUGCGUCGUAUUUCGCGUUUCGCUCAUGAGUUACUUUGAGAAAUCGAUCUUUCUCUUUUUCGUAUUUUGGUGCCGGAUGCGGCGGUGCAGAAAGCGCCCGUUUAAUGGCUCAAAUAUUAGGUAACUGCCACUGUUCACAAUUGCGCUCAGCUAAGCAGGGGCGUCGAAAGUGUUCCACAGAGAAGGAAAAAUAAAGCUGAGGGGGAACAUGAUAUUGCGUUUGACCCCACAGACUAAUGCUGUCAGCGCACUGUUCGGUCAGUGGCCCCGAGAAUAAAAUACGAAAGGAGAGGAGGUGGAACUACAUGUAUCUACGCCUGAUGUAAAAAACGGGCCAGUCUUAAAGGGUACGGGCAUUUAGUAUUCCAGCCCUGAUUUUAUUUGGAAGUUUCGAAAUUCGAUAUUGCCUGAUAGUUAUUGGAGGUUUCGAAGAGAAUAUUUUAUGCGGAAACUUCGAAAAUAACUUACUCUUAAUAAGUACCUACCAAAUGCGUCUCCUGAGGCAUCUUGUUCAACAAAUUUGAAAGAAAAUAUAGAAGUAAUAUUGACUUGAAGGCUAAUGGGCAACCUAAUCUGCUCUAUGUGACAUGUUAUAACCGCUUCUCCAUUCCCAAUGCAAUUUUGGCUACCCCACUUCGACCAGCAGAUUGCGAUGCACGGCAGUAAUUAUUCUAACGGAUAAGAAAGGAUGGUGGUUAUCCCUCCUCAGUACUCACUUCAGACGCCACUGCAGUUCAGAGAGAAAAGGAUAACCAUUCUGAAAUGAUAAGAUGAUGGAGUAAAAUGUGAAAGCAGAAAAUAUGACCCCUGGUAUAGCGGAUGCCGUCUUGUCCUUGUAAAGUGAGACUAAGCGUGCAAAAACUGAGGCAUCGCAGAUGAGAAAACGCAGCGAUGAAAAGAGGGAAAGCAGACGGUCGCAAACAUUUGCUGUCGAAGCAAAUACCAUCCUUACUUGCUUACGUUGAUCGCUCUCACGCACGUGUGUAUACAGACCGGGCAGCCACAUCGCACUGUACAAAGUAAAAUUGCUGUGCGACGUCGUGGCCCAGCAAAGAUAUUUCUUUUUUUAUUGUUGUUAUGCGUGUUGGUCAUCCUAGUAUUGCAGAGUCCGUUAUUGAAAUUUUCCACAGCUCGAGUUAACAGUAGGGCGUUUGUUAAUUUUUUUUAUGUUCUUUACGUGUUAGUCCCGACGACAAGCUUUUUUGCGGCUGGGUUCCGCUACUUUCUUUUUCCUUGCUCGUUCUUGAGCUCGGCGUAACAUUCACGUUUUCAAUAACUUAAGGUCCUAAUCUGAACAUUGUUAUCCUUUCGACAAGAUGUGCAUCAAAAACGCAACAUCGCGCUUCGAUAUGUGCCAGCACUGACCGCUAUCAAUAAACUUGAGCUAAUGUAGUAUUAUGUUCCCGUUAUAUUUUGCGCG